GUCAGUGUACGUCACUUAACAAGUGGGAGUGGAUGGAUAGAUGUCGGCAGUCGCGGUGGUUCUCGCGAAUCGCGCUCGGUAUUUGUGGAAGCCCGUACCGCCGCUCCGACGCGAUAAUGCCGCGCGUUUCUUAGCGAUAUGUAGUGCUGUGUGCGGUAGCAGCAGUGGCGUCGACCGACCCGUCGCACGUGUUUCGCCGUGCGUGGAAAAUCACCGAAAUACGUUCGCGCAUGCCCGACCGCCGAUGACGUCACGAAAAUUGUGCUUUUGAUCAAGAGCGAGCACUCUCGGCGUGUGUCUUUUUCUCUCCCCUACCUCACCCUCUUCGCCCUCUUCACCCUCCGAUCUGUCUCUAUCACCGUCUCCGUCUCUCCCUCCUGCGUUUUCCCCAUCGUUCGCCACGCUCUUUCUCUCCCUCCAUCUCUCUCCGUCUCUCUCUCUCCUCCCUCCCUUCUCCCUCUUUUCCCUCUCUUUUCCUUUUUUUUUUACUGGACGCACAAUAAUGUUGCUGUGCAAAAUCAAAUAAUCACCGGGCCACGCGCGCACGACGGGGGAAAUCGUGUGGGAGCGGCUGGACCGUCGACGGAAAACUUGUUCUUAAUAUUCCAUCCAGUGAUUUCGAAGAUUUGCCUCUUAUCCAAGACGUGGUGCAACAAUGGGUCGAAAGAAGAUUCAGAUUUCACGUAUCACGGACGAACGGAAUCGUCAGGUGACCUUUAACAAGCGGAAAUUCGGCGUGAUGAAGAAGGCGUACGAACUGUCGGUACUGUGCGACUGCGAGAUCGCGCUGAUUAUCUUCAGUUCGAGCAACAAGCUGUACCAGUAUGCGAGCACGGACAUGGACAAGGUUCUUCUCAAGUACACCGAGUACAACGAACCCCACGAGUCCCUCACCAACAAGAAUAUUAUCGAGGCGCUCAACAAGAAGGAGCAUAAGGGUGCCAUGUCACCAGAGAGCCCGGAACCCGACGCAAUCGAAUACAAUCUUACCCCGCGCACCGAGGCCAAAUACACGAAGAUCGACGAGGAGUUUCAGAUGAUGAUGCAGAGGCAUCAGCACAAUGGCAGCAGGACAAUGGGACAAUCGAAUUAUACGCUACCGGUAUCUGUACCAGUGAACAGUUAUGGCGAAUCUCUUCUUGGAUCUAGUCCACAGAUGGCACAUACCAGCAUUUCUCCACGUCCAUCAUCGUCUGAGACGGAUUCAGUAUAUCCCCCGGGAGGAAUGUUGGAAAUGAGCAAUGGCUAUCCUCCGUCAGCGUCGCCGUUGGGUGGUUCACCUAGUCCAGGACCUUCGCCCGCACUCGGGGUUGGUGGGGGUAGUGCAAAUAAAGGCAGCAAUCCGUCUAGGCAUUCGCCGCAACCUCCGCCUCCACCGCCGCCGCCUCAUCACAGGGCUAACCUUCGAGUGGUCAUACCAACACCACUUGCGCAACCUCUCUCCGAAGACACUAAUUAUGAUAAAGAUGUUCGAAACUUAUCGGAAGUUGUGCACCUACGCUUUCAGAAUGCCCAUACGCAGUCUGCAUUGAACACACCUGUAGUAGCGUUACAAACACCGUCAGUACCAGCCGGAUACUCUAGUUUUGGACCAACAGAUUACUCCUCGGAUCUCGGGGGCCUUACAUGGCCCACUCAUCAGAGGUAUGUUGAUGAGUUAUAUUCGGCAGCCACCAUGUCCAGCAUCAGUGGUCUUCCUCACCUAGCUGUAUCGAGCAGUACACCACCACCAUCCACGUCGCCUUUACCUGUAAAGAUAAAGAGUGAACCGAUAAGUCCACCCAGAGAUCCGCACGGCGGUAACAGCGGGUCCAACGGUGGGCCCAGUAACGCCAGCAAUCUACACCAUACAAGCUUGAACGUCGGUCCGUCGUCCAGCACCGGUGCCCCGCCGCCACAUCACGUGUCUCAUCCGGGACCUCAGACACUGAAUUUGGUAUCGAGCAGGCCGAGCAGUAAUCCACCUCCGUCCCACUCGGGUAGCAUAACGCCGACAAAUCUACCGUCGCCAGGAAGUGGUACGGUCGGUGAUAUCAGAACAAACCAUUCGAGCGGUGGCGGGAACGGAGGGAACAGUUCAGACUACGAGAACGGACCGCUCAUGAAACGCUCGAGAAUCACGGAAGGUUGGGCGACUUAAUGUCGAUUAAAUUGUUGCACUCAUCAGUUGUUUGAUACCUCCUCGACGUACAACGGCAUAUAGUGCUUGUGAGUUCCAGUAUAUAAUUAAACACAAACUCCUUUUAAACGUCUUUGAGACGCGUACUGUCGCGGAUAACGAUAGCUACGGGAUGGGUAACGCUUCCGCCGUAGCUAGCGGAGUGGGAAAAUCUGUUUAUAUUUUGAAGCUGACACAGAAUAUACAUUUAUUUGAAGGAAAAAAAAAAAGAAAAUACGGUGCCAUAAUGUUGAAACUUUAUAUAUAUAUUAUAUAUAUGAUAGAUACAUAUAUAUAUUUUCAUGUAUAUAAUAUGAAGUGUUGUUUGUAUAUAUGUCAUAAAAUUCGUAAUAACUUUCGCGAUAUGGCAUUGUGUCCUCGAUGCUUGUCGUAUGGAAAUUUAUGCGAAAGGAAAACAGUAUGUUAUAGGGAAUAACGCAGAUUACCCAAAUUGUGAAAUUUCUGAAAGUGUAAUACGGAAUCUAAAAAAGAGCUUGUGAAAAAAAAAUCUACACGUAGUGUAAGAUUUAUAAAGACCAGACUUACCAUUGCAAUUCGUUGUUGUUUUGUAUGGUAUAGUAGUCAGAAUACGCCGUAACCCGUUAAUAUGACCUCGCGCUGCAAAAAUAUGCUUUGUUCGAAAACACACAUUGCCAUUGCGCUUCGCAGACAUUGCAUACACCAUUAAAUACAACGGCCAUUUAUUUAUGGGCAACUUGUUUGCGGAAAAUGCAAACUUUUUUUAUUGUAAUCUUCUGUCCUGUCCUGUCACAGAAUUUUUAUCGACAAGAAAUUUCGUAUUUUAUUUUAUUUACAUUAAGAUUUUUAUAUUCUUGAAUUAAUCAACUAAUUUUACUGUUAACGUGAGUUUAUUAACGGUCUUAUGGUUCCCGAAUGUGUGGAAAUCGGCUGCUGUACUCAAACUGUUCAUGAUAUUCUAUAGAACAAGAUUCGAAAUUAAUAUAUUGAGUUACGAAGGUAAUACGAGAUAGAUAGGCAUAUUAUAUAGUGUUGAUUAAUAAAAAAAAAAGAUAUACACACAGCGCGCGUAUAGAUAUAUACAUACAUAUAUAUAUAUAUACACGUUAUAUACAUUUUCCACAAGUAUUUUGCACAUUUGUAUAAAGAAAGAUUAUGGAGGAAGAAAACUUGUGAAAACUUUGCAACCCUUGAAGCCUAAAAAUAACGAGAGUUUGUAUACUACAGGUGUAUGCCAUAUAUAUUAAAAUGUGAUUAAACAAAACUUACGAUAAGGAGGAUUGAGUGAUAUUAAUGUUAAUAACUUUAAUCGUAAAAUUUCUAAAGAAACCAAAAUUACAUUUUUAAAUACAACUUUGUUAUAUUUGCCAAUCGUGAUCAAUUUUAUGUAAUUAACCUGUAGUUCUUUUUAAUACAAAAACUUCCAGAAGAAUUGACUAUACAAA